GAGUGGGUAUUCGGUUUUACUUUUGUUGGCGCGUAGACGAGCUGAUGACAGUGACAGCUGACGUUUCAGUGAACGUUUUUCGCGCAGAACGAUGUGAUUUGUGCGUUCGCAUUUUUAACCUGGAUUAGAUAUCUAAGCUGAAGGCAUGAGUGAAUACGAACGGAUAAAAAAAGCAUGUCAGAAACGUGGGGAACUGUGGGAGGAUCCAGAUUUUUCAGCAACGCAAGCUUCCGUUUUCUAUCACCAAACUCCACCGUUUCAGUUCACUUGGAAGAGGCCUAAGGACUUGAGUGCAAGACCAGGAUUUGUACAAGAUGGACCAGCUCCGUUUGAUAUUAGUCCUGGAAAAAUGGGUGACAGAUGGCUGGUUUCCUGUCUAGGAGUACUGUACCUGAAUAAAGGACUGUUCUAUCGAGUAGUUCCUGCUGACCAGUCAUUCGCAGGAGAACAAUAUUGUGGAGUAUUCAGAUUUCGACUGUGGUGGUGUGGAGAAUGGACGGAAGUAUUAGUCGACGAUCGUCUUCCCACCGUGCAAGGAAAACUGGCCUUUCUUCAGUCGCAAAAUUCGGACCAUUUUUGGCCUGGACUAUUGGAAAAAGCCUAUGCCAAACUGCAUGGAUCUUAUGAAGCGCUCAAAUACGGAUCCAUGUUGGAUGGCCUAGCUGACCUGACUGGCGGAAUCACCGAAAGCAUCCCCAUCAGACAAGACGCAACUUCUUGUUCUAGACUGUUACACAAACUCUUAGACAUGACCUCAAUAAUCACGUGCGCAGUACAAGCCCCUAACCAAGUGCGAUCUCAAACCGAAAAACUGGCAAACGGCAUUCAAUUGGGAAUAAACUACCGAAUAUACGGUUUGGAGAGGAUCGAAACGUUCAACGGAGGACACGUACAGCUACUCAAAAUAAGAAACCCUCUAGGACAAGCCUCGGAGUACACAGGAUCGAUGUACAUAGAUUCGCCUGAGUUGUCCGAGAUCCACCCGUCUGAACUGGAAAGGAUACAAAACAAACUGCAGGAAGGCGAGUUUUGGAUGCCCUUCACCCACUUCCUCAAAACCUACACCCAUUUAGAAGUCGUGCAUUUGGACAGCGACACUAGCAGAGACGAGCCCAGCUUGCACAACAAAAGCACAUGGCAGAUGAGGUUAUACCAAGGACAUUGGCAAAAAGGAGUGACAGCAGGAGGUUGUAGGAACAACCCCGACACCUUCCACAUAAAUCCUCAGCUGCAUUUGUUGCUGAGCGAAAUGGAAGAAGUGGUUGUUUCUUUGAACCAACAUAGCAUCAUGGAACCGAAAGUUAUAGGCUUCACUUCCUAUUCGUUACCAAAAAGUAGUAGCGAGACUAUAGGAAAGGGCUUUUUCAAAAAGAACAAAUCCCUGUUCAACUCUCAGUACACGAAUAGUAGGCAGGUCAGCCAUAGAUGUCAGCUGGAACAGGGCGGUUAUUUGAUAAUCCCGACUACUUUCGAGCCGGGACAAGAGUCUGGAUUCACGCUCAGAGUGUACUCGAGCAAACCUCUGAAGCUUAAGCUGCUGGAUACUGUCCCGCAGCUGGUGAAAUCGGCUUUGGUCAAGGCUCCUCCUCUGUUGGAUGGCAAGAGUUUCAGCCAGUACGAGGCCGUUUUCUUGCAGCUGGCCGACGAACAUCGGACUGUCAAUUCGUUCGAGUUGCAAGAGUUGCUUGAUGCGUGUUUGCCCAAUGAUUAUAUAAAGAGUUGCGCGUCGAUUGAAGUUUGCAGGCAGAUUAUUUUGACGUUUGAGACAUCUGGUAUUGGUCGCCUGAAAUUUGCUGAUUUUAAAGACUUAAUGUGCAGCUUGAAGUUUUGGCAGACGGCGUUCAAGAACCACACGAAGGAGAAAACGGGGAUACUUAAGGCUGAAAGACUGAGAGACUCCUUGCUGGAAGUAGGGUUUCAACUAAGCAGCGAAGUUCUAUCUACUCUCAUUUUGCGUUACAUGAGGAAGGAUGGCACUCUACGAUUUGGAGAUUUUGUUUCUGCCAUACUACAUUUAACUGUAUCUUUUAAUGUUUUCGAGUCCAAGGACCCACUACAAAAUGGAAAUAUUAAACUGAGUUUGGCCGAAUGGCUCAAAUCAUCUCUCACCUGCUGAUCAUGAAAGAUAGUCAAUUAUUGUUUGUACAUAAUGAAUUUGUAAAUAGAGAUCCAUCAUGUUUUUACUUUUUUACAAAAAUAAAGAAAUGGAUGUGUUAC